AUGUCGACCAAGCCAAGAGACUGGGCCGACGACGAUGAUCUGGAGGAGACCACCCAGACCGAGCAGCUGCCGCCGCCGCAGACGAUCCAGAACAAGGACGGCACCAAGACCACCAUCACAUACCGCUACAACGAAGACGGCCAGAAGGUCAAGACGACGCGGCGGAUCCGCCUCGUGACGCACCGCGAGGUCGUCAACCCGCGCGUCGCCGAGCGCAAGAACUGGCCCAAGUUUGGCCUGUCCGCCAACGACAAGGUCGGCCCCCAGAGCGACACCACCUCGGUCGGCGAGAACAUCAUCUUCCGCCUCAGCACCAACUGGAAGAAGGACACCAAGGAGGAGGCCAAGGAGAGCGCCACCGACGCCCUCAAGGACAAGCUCAAGGACAAGACCGUCAAGUGCCGUAUCUGUAACGGAGAGCAUUUCACCGCCCGCUGUCCCUACAAGGACACCAUGGCCCCCGUCGGCGCCGAGGGUGCCGCCGAUGUCGCCGCCGGCAUGGGCGACGAGGUCUCGGUCGGAGCCGCCGGUGCUGGCAAGAAGGGUAGCUACGUACCGCCGGCCAUGCGAGCCGGCGCCACCGGUGGUGCCGGUGAGCGUAUGGGCGGCAAGUUUGGCGAGCGGGACGACCUGGCCACCCUGCGUGUCACCAACGUUUCCGAGAUGGCGGAAGAGGGCGAGCUGCGCGACAUGUUCGAGCGCUUCGGACGUGUCACCCGUGUGUUCCUCGCCAAGGACAGAGAGACCGGCAUGGCCAAGGGCUUUGCAUUCAUCAGCUUUGCAGACAGGACCGACGCCGUCAAGGCAUGCAACAGUAUGGACGGAUAUGGUUUCAAGCAUCUUAUCUUGCGCGUAGAGUUCGCAAAGAAGGCUGCGUAA